AUUUUUUAACAACCUCUUACAUCUUUUCAAGCUAUUAAAAGCUUUUAGUCAACUGUUGGUUUAUUAACCAAUCACAAGCUACUUAAAAUGUGAAAAUGGAAAAAAGGCCUUUAAAUUCUGCCUCAAGCUUGUAUUUUAAUUUUUAUUCUUCUCAAAUUGGAUUGAAAGUCUAAUUGUUUACUUCUGAGCAAACAUCUUCAUCUUUGAAAAUCAAAUCAAGUUUUUUAUGUUCUUAGAAUCAAAAAUUUCAACUCACAUGCUAUGGGCAAAUUAAAUGCUACAGAUUUCCUAGCUUCGACAGUGGUAAAUUUUUCCCACGACUUUUCAGAUUCCAAAACAAAUUCCGAACUGUGGAAGCAUUCCGAGUUUGAAGUCUACUUUCGUGGCUUUUGCAUCAUUAAUGUCAUUUCAUUCUUCGUUAUUGUCUCCUUUCUGUCCAAGCAGGCUGGGAACUUGAAGAACUUCACUUCCUACCGCAUUUACUGCAUAGCACUAGCCUGCAGUGACCUUCUGCUGUCGGUGGAUGGAUUCGUGGCCGUCUCUGAACUGGACUUCGCUUUUCAUCAGGAAUGGGCGUUGCAGCUGGAAGCAGCGAUAAUGAUGUUUGCAGGAUUAUUUUCCCUGAAUAAUCACGUCGUGAUAGCUUGUGAACGACUUCAGGCAACGAUGAUUUCCAGGCCAAAUCGUGCCAGAAUACGCCUCCAGGCGCGAGUUAACGGGAAUGCACUACUAGUGGUCCUCGGAUCUCUCGUAAUGUCUCUAGUGUGGACCCUUCUAGCCAGCUUCUGUCAGGGUCCUGGGUUCGCCCUGGACAGUUCUGGACAGAGUUGGGGUCUCAACUGGCGCACUGAUACGGUCAAGAGUCUGGUAUACAUUUGGAUGUUGAUGGUGUUUGAAUUUGGCAUUCCCAUUGUCAUUGUGGUGUACGUGUACGUGAAGAUUUGGCUGGUCAUUCGCAAUGGAAAAUUCCCUCACCAGAUGACGCCAAGGAGACGGCGAAUUGUGAUCAUGUGUAUGAUUUCCACCGCUUCCUUCCUUCUCGCCUGGGUGCCCUACGCUGUAUUGGGCAUGUUCAUGAUAUUUGGAAUCCCCUUCGGUAAAGUUUUCUCAUUGACUGCAAACACGAUCGCGAAGACAUCCUGCAUCUACAAUACACUGAUUCUGCGACAUGCCAGCGACACCUCUGCCCCCACAACAACCCCCGUCAACUCUCGGCGGCGUGCGAACGGAAACAACUGCCCAAAUAACAAUCCUUCGAAUGAAAGCUGGGUUCGACGUAUGAUCAACCGAAUCAGAAGCUGCCCAUCUUCAGCUCCUCCGAAACUGUCGUUAACGGAAAUGUUCAUGCGUGGACAAAGCUGCGCGAAGACAUCUACAGUGACUCAAGUAUUCGCAUCUAACAACACUGGAUUAGCCGUGCCAUACAUUAACUCGUCAAUCUCGGUAUCGACUGAAAAAGUGGCGCUUCCGAAGAUAGUCGAAGCUGACGACAUAGUCCGAGGGGGAGUUAUAUUGGAAGAAAACGAAGAAGAAGUUAUCAUUGCUCGUCUUCGCGAGCCGUUCGUACAGUCUUCGAUCAAGCCUUCCUUUGUAGUUCUCGGAAUGUGCGACGACUAUAAUAGUGUUUGUGUUGACGAUCCUAUGAAAACCUCUGCUCUGUAGAUGUGACAAACAGUUUUAAGAUGAAGAGGAUAAACUGACAGGAGCUCUGAUAGCUUUAGCCUCCAAGUUUGAACCUCCAAACUCAAUAUUUGUCGAGCACCAUAAAAAUGUUUGGUUUACUUUGGAGCUUAUCUCAAAAUUUUUAAUAUCCAUAAUCCAAUAACCGGAGAUAAUCAUUAUAUUUGCUUAGCGCGUUUUUUGUUUACUCUUAUUCCAGGAUAAUCAUUAGAGCCAUAAAAGGUUGAACUUGUAAAGAUAAAGCUACCGUGGUAGAUGUUUCUUUUGAAACCUCUGCGCGCUUUACCGAUUUUUUUUGAAGACGGCGCUAUUUUUAUGACUAUUUUUUAUUAAUACUGAAGUUGAACUCAUUCAAACAUAUCGAGGUUGCAAUUUAGUAGUUGAAAUUUUAUACGGCCACAUUUGGGCUAAGAAUUUUUGUUUUCCCAACAAAAUGUAAUUUUAAAAUUGAUUCGUUUUAUGUAAAGUAGGUAUAAAAUUCAGAUUUGCCCCGUUAUUUUAAUCGACAUAACUUGCGCUCCAGGCAGAUUUUACUGCCAUAAU